GCUGUUUAAAAUGGUGUGAAUAUGAUAGCCAAUACUGUAGACAGCUAACGGUAGCAAGUAGACAGACUGGAGAGUAUUUCAGGACCGUCUGCAACUACAAAAAGUUUAUUGAUUUAAAUGGGGGAAACCAACAAGAAAACUUUUACUGGGCAGAAAAAAACAUAUGGUGGAGUAAUUAAUCAUACCAUUUGGGAGGCUGGAGUGAUACAGUGAGGAUUUACUUGGAUUCAUUACCCAAAGAAAGAGAGAAAGAAAGAAAGAAAAACUACCGAGAGAAAGUGACAGUGGGGGCCGUGGAGGUGAGUGAAGCGCUCAACCUUGAGAGGGGCAAAAGAUGACUGUUGUAUCCCGUGAGAACCAGGACGAGACUGUGGUAGUCCCUCCCCGGUACCAAGAUGAUUGCGACGUGGAGCGGGGCGACCAGGAGUGUAGCGAGAGGGUCGUCAUCAACAUCUCCGGGCUGCGCUUCGAAACUCAACUGAAGACCCUCUCGCGCUUUCCCUCUACGCUAUUGGGAGACCCACGUAAAAGGAUGCGCUUCUUCGAUCCGUUGAGAAAUGAGUACUUUUUCGACAGGAAUAGACCCAGCUUUGAUGCCAUCCUUUAUUAUUACCAGUCCGGGGGAAGGCUUAGGAGACCUGUCAACGUUACCAUGGACAUUUUCAUGGAAGAAAUCAAAUUUUAUGAAAUCGAAGAGGAGGUUAUAGAGAUGUUCAAAGAAGAUGAAGGUAUGAUCAGAGAGGUGGAACGUCCGAUGCCUGACAACGAGUUUCAGCGCCAGAUGUGGUUGUUGUUUGAGUACCCCGACAGUUCGGGGCCUGCCCGGAUGAUCGCUGUUGUAUCAGUCAGUGUGAUUUUGAUAUCCAUACUGAUCUUCUGUUUGGAGACAUUGCCACGGUUCAGGGAAGAUCACAGCACAGACAUAGAACUCAGUAAUCACCUCAUCACGAAUGGGACUACUCGCCACAAAAAAAAAAAUCCGUUGACAGACCCGUUUUUUAUGGUUGAGUCACUUUGCAUCGUGUGGUUUUCCUUUGAAUUUCUCAUGAGGUUUUUAUCGUGCCCUAGCAAACCGGCUUUCUUCAAAAACGCAAUGAACGUCAUUGACAUAUUAGCGAUUGCUCCUUAUUUCAUCACCCUUGGACUUGAACUCGCUGAGCUACAGGGAGCGGGAAGCGAGCAGGCCAUGUCGUUAGCCAUACUCAGAGUAAUCCGUUUGGUUCGAGUCUUCAGGAUUUUCAAACUUUCCAGGCACUCCAAGGGUCUCCAAAUCUUGGGCCAGACACUCAACGCCAGCAUCAGCGAACUAGGUCUUUUGAUAUUCUUUCUUCUCAUAGGGGUUAUUCUGUUCUCCAGCGCUGCUUACUUUGCAGAGACAGACGACCCUGAAUCGGGAUUCACGAGUAUCCCCGCCGCAUUUUGGUGGGCGGUGGUGUCCAUGACUACGGUUGGAUACGGAGACAUGUGCCCGGUUACUAUUGGCGGCAAAAUAGUGGGAUCGAUGUGUGCCAUCGCCGGAGUGCUGACCAUAGCCCUACCUGUCCCUGUUAUCGUUUCCAAUUUUAAUUACUUCUAUCACAGAGAACGCAAUGAUGAGGACACCGCCGUGUAUACUCACGUGACUUGUGGUCAACAGAAUACUUCAUUUGGCGAAUUCAAAUCGACCAGCGACAGCAAACAGUCCCUCGCCAAAUCAGAGUACAUUGAAGAUGAUUCUCUCGAGACACUCAGAUUUACUAACUUUAGCCCAUUUGAACAUUACACUGGCAAGCUGACAGAUGUAUGAAAAAAACAAGCAACGCCCUAGCUGAGCAGAAAAAAACGAUAUCGAAUUUCUGAACUCGGAGCGCCACUGUGUGGUUGAAACGCAAUCGCGCAGCAGACGCGUCUCAGGUAAAACAUUCAAGCAGCUAUUUACGUUACGUGUGCAAGACGUUGCUGAUGAUGUAAGUGUGUGUAUAAUUUACUUGUGAUUGUGUAUACAUUUUCCAUAAAAAAGCUUUUUAGGGACAUUUUAGACAGAAGUGAUGGAAUGUCACCACACACAAAAAAACAUGAUCUUCUUUUUACUUCCAGGGGACAAGAUCAAAAAGCACUGCCUUUCUACUCCACUUGAAAGGAAAUGCUGAUGGGACAAGAUCAAAGACCAUUGCGUUUCUGCUCCGCUUGAAAGGAAAUGCAGGCAUGGCUUUUCCAAAUCUAGAUGUACUUGUAACUGAAAAAGUCAAGAGAGUGAAUAAAAAACACACAUGACAUGUCUCCAUGAACAAUUGGCCAGCAAUGUGAGAUGACAGGUGCUGAUGCAACAUCCAAUGGGGAGCUCGCUGAAGGAAACACGGGUUUGGAGCCUCUGCCUUUAGGAAACCGAUAACCUUUGAAAAUCAAUUAACCUUUCAAAGUAUUUUGCUGUCCAUUCAAUGAACUAUGAAAUGACUACUGUAAGAUAUCCUGUUGUGUAUUGUUGUAAAUAGGCCUAUACUGUAAAUUCAAUCGUUGUGCUCGACUCAGAAUCUUAAUGCGAACAUAUCUUGCUUUGUGUGCCUUUACGUGGACGAUUUCAAAGGAACUAUUUGGGGUAGUCCUUUAUUUUAUUGAACUAUUUUAUUGUACAGAGUAUCUGAUUUUGCCAUAAACGUUCCUUGGGAAGCUAGUUUUAAAAUCACUAGUCUUAAAAUAACUUAACCAUAGGAAUCUCAUUAAGUAUGCAUGUAAGGAGACAUCAAUUGUGCUCAUGAAAUGUCAUGAAGAUUUAUUUAUAUUUUUGUAAGAUUGUUAAAAUGUAUGUGAACUUUUGAAGAAUAUUUUUUUAAUAAAACAAUUCAGAAAAUA